CAUCGCUAUCCCAUUUCUUUCUUUCUUUCUUUCUCUUCCCUUUCUCUCUUUUUUUUGCUGCUCUUUCUCUUUCUCUUCUUCUAUUGUAAAUAACAUAUUAAUGUAUACCUACCCUUCCAAGCAACACCAGUAUUAUACAGCAGCCUUGGCAGGUCCCGGAAGUGGCGAAAUGCCGCCAUUGCAGACAACAUCUCGACACCGAGGAAGCGAAUCACUCACAUCAAGAACUAGCACUCGUUCAAGAAAAGAGCGGCAGCCACAACAGCAGCAGCUGCAAGGACGCAUGGACGGCGACCACCCAGGUUGGGACUCAGACACCGAGCUUGAUCAGGCACAAGUCCGAGAAGCCACCAUCGUUUAUCGUCCCGUGCCAACAACGAUCAGAACCACGCCAUACUAUUCAACUCUUGUUGAGCCUACAUUGUCCUUGGGUGAACAAUGGCCACAGCACUCACCACGUGGUUUUCAAAAGGUGAUUCCGGGCCAAAAGCGUAAAGUUCGCUCAUCUCCACUUUCCCCGUCCUCAACGUCUAGUCCAUCUUCCUCCGAUCAGGUAUCUACAAAUUAAUUAAAGCAGACACACAGAGUAGAUACCACACGCUUAGCAGCACUGGAUCUAUUUGGUAUAGAGAGUAAACUGACUCUCUUUGUUAAAAAUUAUAACAAGAUCAAGCCAUUGCA